AUGGCCUCUGCAACAGCAACAUACGGACAAAAGGAGUCUUCGGACCAGAACUUUGACUAUAUGUUUAAGAUCCUCAUCAUUGGCAACAGCAGUGUGGGCAAAACCUCCUUCUUGUUCCGUUACGCCGACGACUCCUUCACACCGGCCUUUGUCAGUACGGUGGGCAUUGACUUCAAGGUGAAGACCAUCUACAGGAACGACAAGAGGAUCAAACUACAGAUCUGGGACACGGCAGGUCAAGAGCGUUACCGCACCAUCACCACGGCUUACUACCGAGGAGCCAUGGGCUUCAUCCUCAUGUAUGACAUCACCAACGAGGAGUCCUUCAAUGCCGUCCAGGACUGGUCAACCCAGAUUAAGACGUACUCGUGGGACAACGCCCAGGUGCUGCUGGUAGGAAACAAGUGCGACAUGGAGGACGAGCGAGUGGUGAAUGGAGAGAGAGGCCGGCAGCUGUCUGAACACCUUGGUUUUGAGUUCUUCGAGGCCAGCGCCAAAGACAACAUCAAUGUGAAGCAGACCUUCGAGCGCCUGGUCGACAUCAUCUGCGAAAAGAUGUCAGAGAGCCUGGAUGCUGGAGAUCCCGCCGUCACAGGGGCCAAACAGGGGCCCCAGCUGACAGAGCAGCCCGCUCCGCCUCACCAGGACUGUGCAUGUUAA